AUGUCGGGAAGUGAAAUGUCAGACGAAGAGCAAUCUGUGUCCGAUAGGAGCAUGAGAUUCCUUUUUUGGGCGAUCGCUAAACUAAAACAAUCUAACGGGGAUUUUUUAGCUGAAUUAAAACAGUCUAACGAAGAACCUACUGCUAGAUUAAGAGAGGAACUAAAACAGGAAUUAAAACAGUCUAACGAAGAAUCUACUGCUAGAUUAAGAGAGGAACUAAAACAGGAAUUAAAACAGUCUAACGAAGAAUCUACUGCUAGAUUAAAACAGUCUAACGAAGAAUCUACUGCUAGAUUAAAAGAGAAACUAAAACAGGAAUUAAAACAGCCUAACGAAGAAUCUACUGCUAGAUUAAAAGAGGAACUAAAACAGGAAUUAAAACAGUCUAACGAGGAAUCCACUGCUAGAUUAAAAGGGGAGCUAACAAAAUCUACAGACAGGUUACAGGAAUAUCUUAAUGAAACCAGUCGAGAAUUAAGUGAUAAAAUAGAGGAUUCUAAAAUUGAAAUGCAGGAAAAACUAAUAGGACUUAGUAAUAAGAUUGCUGAUAAUUGUAAAAGGUUAGAAGAACAUAUCCAGAAAUCGCGUGAGCAAAAAGCUCGCAUGCGAAAUGAUAUUACUGACUUAACCAAGAGACUAGAUGCUGUCAACGUCUUAGUUGUAAAUGAAAUAGAGAAAAAUAACGAUAAGUUCCGAGAUGAAUUUUCUAUGCAAACAGAAACUGUUCGUAGAGAAUUAUUAGAAUCUAUUAAAGAGGUUUCUACCGAACCUGUAGAGACUUCUUCAAUAGAUAAUGUAGAAUUAGAGACAUUAACUUAUCGAGUAGAAAAAGAUCAUACCGAAAUAGAAAACAUGAAAUUUUUAAUUACCGAAAUAUGCAGUAACCUUGAGACUUCCAAAGAUAAUAACAUUGACGAAGGUACAGAGCGUUCACAUUGUGCACACAGUGGAGAAUCGAUAUUAGCUAACCGCGUAUCCGAUACAGAAAUGCGAAUACAGGAAAUUACUAAACGGUUAUCGGAAAUAGAUAAUAAUGAAAAAAUUUCAAACAGUAGAAGUAAUAACGUAGUCAGAGACAACAGUCGCAUCGUGUAUGCUAGCUCGGACGACAACAACACACAUAAAGAAAUCACGACAAGAAAAUCCGAGGCAACUCCGUCUCUGCCAUCUAAACAAAAUCCAACUAUGUCUCUCGCAGAAUGUUGGGAUGAUAUAACGACAAAUUCCAAUGUAGCAAGUCGAUUUCCGGUAUUCAAACCAGAAGGCGAACUUCACCCUAUAAUCUUUAUAAAAGCUUUUGAAACUUCAUUAUCUCCUAAAUGGAGUAAUGAAAAACGGAUUCAAUUUGUAAUAGGACAUUUAUAA